AUGGAUCGACUCUCCGCCGCCCUUCCGGCGCACAAGAGCGCGUUCUUUUCCGCCUCCGUUCCGCUCCGCCCUCGCGCGGUAGCGCCACCCCCGCGCGCGGCCUCCCCUUCCGCGCUCCCGCCGAUCUCCAACAUCUUCUUCCUUCGGCCGCGGCCUCCGCCGCCGCCGCCGCCGUCGCAGGAGCCGCCGAGCACGGGGAAGGUCCCCGCGCCGGGGCGGUACGGCGGCGCGCCGCUGGACAAGCGGAUUCGGCAAUCGUGGGGCGGGAAGAAGGAGGAUCCGUUGGAAUCGGGCGAGUAUAUUUGGAACACGGAGUGGAAGAAAACAGUCACGGUGGACGAUGCUGACAAGGAUAAGGCGGCAGCAGAGGACCCCAUAGCAUCAGCCGUCUCCUCCAACGACCCCGGCACUUCUGACGGCUUCCUCUCCCUCGGCCGCUCGCUUGCUCUCGACAGCAUGGACGUGGACCUGAGUGCGGAGCUGAGCCGCCCCAGCAAGGCCACUCUCGAGAAGCAGGUGGCUGCAGCCCGGCGCGCAGCAGGCAUGCAGAAGGAUGAGGCGGGCAGUGAGGGCAAGAUCAAGUGGCGCUACGCCCCAACCACCAAGGAGGAGAGGCAGUGGGCCGAGGCCAACAGGAAGAGCGCCAAGAUGGUUAUGGCCUUCGUGGAGAAAGAGGAGCCUAUGACCCCGGAGCAGAUAGCACAGCGGGAGAGAGAGCAGUAUGAGAAGCUGAAGCAGAGCCUGGUGCUAACGACGCUGGGGCUGGGAGUGGUGUUCACAGGCACUGCUGCUGUGCUCUACAGCCCUGAGAUUGCAGUCAGCUACGCGGUGGGCGCGGUGGGGUCACUGGUGUACGUGCGCAUGCUCUCCUCUAGUGUGGAGGCCUUGGGAGCCAGCUCCGUGCAGGGCGCUGUCAGGGGAGCUGUGGGUCAGCCCAGGCUGCUGGUGCCGGUGGUGCUCGUGAUGACGUUCAACAGAUGGAACGAGAUUCUGGUGCCGCAGUACGGAGCAGUGCCUCUCGAGCUCAUCCCCAUGCUAGUGGGGUUCUUCACAUACAAGGCCGCCACCAUCACCCAAGCACUGCAGGACAUGCUUGCUCCCUUGGCUCCACCUCCCUCUUCCUCCUCUAAAUCAUCCUAG